AUGUUGAAGGUGGCUGCUUUCAUCAUCCUGGCAUUAGACGUUCAAGGAAGCCAUUGCGCCACCAUCUCCGUGACCCCGCAGGGCCAGCUCUUACGUUCAGACGGGCAGUUUGCGCAGCUUGUGGACCAGGAGGCUGCGGCCAGGAGAAGCUACUUGGAGAGCACGCAAACACGAGCACACAACUACGUGUUGGCCCUGCAGCGGGAGGGCCGACCAAAGGCAUUGGCAAUCGCAGCCGUGGUCGUGCUCAUUCCCAUCCUGCUGCUGCUCCUGAAUGUUGUGCUGGUUUUCAGAGUGGGCAGCAAGCUCAUUCGGAUGGCGUGGCCGACGGCCCCGUCGCAGGAGGAGCCGGCCCCGACCGCACUUCCGCGCGUUACCCUCGGCGGGACCGCCCUGCAGCUGAAGGAAGAUGUGAACGGGCUCAGGCAAGAGCCCGCCCUUGAAAUGCUGAUGCUCUCUGCGCUUCUGUUGGCUUUAGCCUUGUGCUUCUACUUCGGUGUGGUUUGGUUGGCUCUCGUGCCUGGCCCUUUCGUGCAGCCGCUCAGCUGUACAAACACGCCCUCCUUGGAGGUGUCUCCUAUGGUGGCUGAGACCCUUCGGACUUUUUGCGGACACCAGUGGGAGGGGGUCACGCAGAGGGAGGCUGAGCUCCUCCUUACUGGCCUCGAGCGCAGCCUGGCGAUGAGUCAAGAUGGGGCUGUGCUGGAGUUUGGUGUCGGGGCCGGAGAGACAACUUUGUGGGUCAGCCGCUUUCUAGACGUUUACUCACAGGUCAGUGGCGAACCCAGGAGGGCGCACCAUGUCUAUGACCCGUUUGAGGGGCCCGGGUUUCCCAAGCGUGAUCGGGUGAUUUGCAGAGACAGGCCUUGUACCAACCUGUGGCAAAGUUGGCCAGGCAGAGUCGCACAAGGGUUGCUCAAGUCAAGACGGUGGCUUUUCAACUUCUUCCUCUGGAGUCAGGGUGCAAGGGUUCCAGAGGUUCACCAAAGCUACAUGGUGCAGGUACCUCAGACCGCCCUGCCUGAGAAAGUUGCCUUUGCGCUUGUGGACUCUGACAGCUAUGCAGGGACAAUUCUGCCUCUCAGAAUGGCUUACAGCAGGCUCAGUGCCCAUGGGGAGAUCUAUGUGCAUGCCUAUCGGCAAAUGUCCUGCCCCGGUGUCCAUGAUGCCGUGCAGCGCUUCUUCAAAAAGCAGCGCAAUCGAGGUGUGUACAAAUGGGCAGGUCUCAAGAGCCAAGGCGUUUCUUGGGCAGUGUCUGGCCCACAGCUUACAUACAACGCUUCACGUGCACGGAUGACGAAGCUUGGGUGGAAGUGGAGCCCUGCUUAG